UCACGUGCGCGACCAUGCGAGGCAUGCAUGGAGGAGUCCGUGCCACAGCGUGUUCGAAGCCACAUUCUGCUAUUAAAUAGUGAAAUAAUUUUAAGUAUUGGUGUGACUGCCCGUUCAGCGUUAAAGUUUGAGGGUGAGAAAUCGCUCGUGAACAAAUGACAAAUGUUUUCGAGUCGACAGGGCGUGAGGCUGACCGCUCUCGCGAGGAACGUUUUGUACUCGUCUGGAAGCCGGCAGUCAACAUGUGCGAGUGACUUCCCCCGCACGGCACAUAGGUCUAUUCCAAGAACGCUGGUUGAAUACAAUUGUUUAAGAUCUACUGUGCCUGUCCAGCCAAGUAACCCCAAGCUGCUUCGUGUGGCCAUCAUAGGACAGCCGAAUGUUGGUAAAUCCACGUUGGUCAACAAACUGAUGCAUUGGAAGGUCUGCGCCGUAUCGAGCAAGGUACACACGACCAGACACAAUGCUAAAGCCAUUUUAGUGAAUGGUGAGACUCAAAUUGUGUUUCUGGACACUCCUGGUAUCGUCGACAUCCAUCACGGCAAAAAGCACCACCUGGAAGCAUCGAUGAUUGUUGACCCUGAGCACGCACUUCUCGGCGCCGAUCUCGUCGCAGUAAUGGUGGACGCAUCUGAUCACUGGCGUCGUCACAUGCUCGACGAGGAGACCCUGAGGUUACUCGAGUGCAACGCACACUUAACCUCAAUUUUGAUUGUGAACAAAGUCGACAUUUUGAAGUCAAAAAGGCAGAUUUUGGAGUUCACGCAUUCAUUGACUGGUGGGGUGGUUGGAGGAGUAGUUGCCAACCGCGAAAAAAUUGUGAAGAAAAGACUGAGCCCCGAGGAAUUGUUAGCUAGAGCCGAAGAAACAUCAAAAACAGGAACAACAAACCUCCAGAAGGAAGCUUUGGGCGGAAGGGAAGUUCUUGAAAAAAGUCAAGGUGAGAACAAGAACUCCUGGCGUAAUUUUUCCCGUGUCUUUAUGAUAUCUGCACUAAACAAUGAUGGAGUAAACGAUAUCAGAAACUUCUUUCUUCAAGCAGCAAAACCUUCAGAGUGGAUGUAUCCAUUUGAACUGGUUACUGACCAAAAUCCCCAUGAGCUGGGAACCCUAAUUGUGCGAGAAAAGGUUCUCAACCAUUUGCCUCGGGAAGUGCCAUACAACCUUCAUGUGAAGGUAGCAGGGUGGGAUCUGGACACAGCUGGAGUUCUUCAUAUUGUUAUGGAGAUUGUGGGGAAAAAUACACGACAUGUCAAGCACAUCCUAGGUGAAGGUGGGAAGACAAUAAAAGCAGUUGCUGCUGAAGCACGGCAAGAUCUUGCAGCGACCUUCAGAUCCGAUGUGUCCCUUAAAUUGGUUGUAAAAACUGAUGGAUAAGUGUUGCUUUAGUGAUAUUUUAUGCAUCAUUAUUCACUUUGCUGCUUGUGGUCAGAAUAAUGCAGCACAAUAAGCACAUGAAAUAAUGUACAAGAGCGUAAACUUUUGUAAUGACUCGUUACAAAAGCAUAAGAAUAAAGUUUGAUCACAGCAUAA